GUGUUGGGGAGUAAAUUCAAAAGGUUCCGGUAACUCUAUUUCUUCUUCCUCCAUCAUCUCCUCUUCUCUCGGGUUCUUGAUCUUUUUAUUCUCAAGAAAUUAUUUUCUCUAGAAAACUAAAGAGGAAUCUCUCGCCAUGUGGGGUCGGGAGGAUCCUAGUGCUCCAGGUGGAGGUUACAGGACACCACCAGCGACGUGGAACAUGAAGAAAAGAGUUUACACGGAGAUGCCGAUGUCGGAGAGGAAAAGAACAUGUUCGAUCGAGAAGCAAGAGCCGUUUCAUAUGAUCCACAAAGUUCCUUCUGGCGAUUCACCUUAUGGUAGAGCCAAACAUGCCCAGUUGGUUAGUAAAGACCCGGAACGAGCAAUCUCCUUGUUUUGGGCUGCGAUAAAUGCUGGUGAUCGAGUUGAUAGCGCGUUGAAGGACCUGGCUGUCGUUAUGAAACAGCUUAACCGGUCUGAUGAAGGGAUCGAAGCGAUUAAAUCUUUUCGUUAUCUCUGCCCUUUUGAAUCCCAAGAUUCCAUUGAUAACUUGCUGCUUGAACUCUAUAAGAAAUCAGGGAGGAUCCAAGAGGAAGCUGAGCUGCUUGAACACAAACUCAAAACACUUGAACACGGUGGUAUAAUCACAAUCGCGAAAAAAAGCCAUGGGAAACAGAUCAACUUGACAAUCGAGCAAGAGAGAGCAAGGAUUCUUGGGAACUUGGCUUGGGUUCACUUACAGCUUCAUAACUAUGGAAUCUCAGAGCAAUACUACAGGAAUGCAUUGUCGUUGGAGCCUGACAAUAACAAGCUGUGUAACCUUGCGAUCUGCUUGAUGCGUAUGGAUAGAAUCCAGGAAGCUAAAUCUCUGCUUGAGGAUGUAAGACAGUCUCUAGGGAAAACUCAAUGGACUGUUGAACCGUUUUACAAGUCUUUUGAACGGGCUACAGAGAUGUUAGCAGAAAGAGAAAGGGUCAGUGAAGCGGACCAUCCAGGAGAGAUUAUUAUAAGUAGCUCUUCAGAUAACUUCUCUUCGAAUUGUUCUUUUGCGAGUUGGGUAGCUGGAACUGUACCUGAACAAGGGAUCAUGUACUCCUUUGAUUCGGUUAAGUCGCCAGUUCUGAUUACACAACCCCGGGAGUGUAAAUGGGUCGAUGAGGAAGAGGAAGUAGAUCAUAGAGUAGGGCAAGUGACGUUUGGUGCUGCUAGAAGGCUAAAGUUUGGAAACACUUUAGACGAGCAGAAGAAGAACUCGAAGAGUGUGGAAUCAGCAGAGUCAAAUACUUGGACAAGCAAAGUAAAGAAGAUGUGUGCAGAUUCAGAGAAAGGUUAUCAAAGGAACGCUUCAGGAUCAUCUUCAGCUUAAAUGACAUUGGUCAAAGAACUGUAUAG